UACCAACACCUUCCUAAUCCCUAUCCCCAUGAUGCCAUCAGAGACUCAUUUCUACGUACGAAUAUCGUCAAUCUUGAUCUCGCAUCACCUCCUCCACAGCGUUCAAACCCAAGAUCCCAUCCCUUGACGCCACCAGACACUCCAGGCACUCGUAAAACGAGAACUGAUCAUGAACUCCCACUGAGUACAACAAUAGUACGAAAGCCAUCUUUAGAUGCUUUCUUGGCUGCUGGGUUCGUCGUAGAGGACAAUUGUCCCACUCGCUAUUUGGUGGUCGGACGCGUCCCCCCUGAGACACCACAAAUGGGUGAUCUCAAAGGCAUAUUCGUCCGCUAUCAAAAUAAAGGAAUCAUCGCUCUUUCGUGGCAUGAUAUCCGUGAUGCUAAAAAGGCAAGGAACCUUCUUCUCACGAACAACUUCUUUGCGAUGGAAGAGCGUUUGUCCGCUGCAUUCAUAACCCCCAACAACUUGAUCAAGGCGACAGGGGAGUCUCCCUUCGUAGACAAGAAGGAGGGGAACUUGUAUAUCGUGGCGGAACAACUUAACGAAUCCACCGGACACCAACCAGUCAGUCUUCACGCUGCGCUGGCUCUCUUCGGAGAAUUAGUCUCCUUUCAUGCCAAAAAGGCCGUUGGAUCGACUGUCUAUAUUGCGUCGUACUAUGAUGCUCGUGAAGCAGCCAACGCUGCAAAGGCAUUACAUGGGCGCUCUAUCCUUGGGAUGCUUGUCCGCGUCGUAGAUGAUCCUUCACAAGAAAUGAAACAAUGGGUUUCGUCCCCACCAUCUCCAACUUCGGAUACUCAGUAUCCAAAUUCAGACUCUCAGACACCGGUUCCAUCCACGGUAGCACCGACAACUCAUCCUUCAUCUCAUGAGACACUCUACUCAACCUCCAAUUCAACUACCUCUACUUUCAGCGACAACAUUGAGGAACAAAACCCGACCAGCACUA